AGCCGAGCGGAGGAGGUGACAGCUCCACGGCCCGGUCUUUAUUUUCUUCUCUCCGCCUCCCCGUCUCCUCCUCAGGCUCGGACCAUGGUGCAGUCCCGCCGGCUCCCCUGCCCCCCUCUCCCGUGAGACCGGCUGCGGGGCGGGACCAUGGAUACUUGUCUGCCGGCUUCUGGUUCCCACGCAAGUGAGCCCGCUGUCAAUGGAGGAGGACAUUGAUACCCGCAAAAUCAACAACAGUUUCCUGCGCGACCACAGCUAUGCGACCGAAGGAGCCAAGGGAGAACCCAAUAAUGAAGCACAAUAAUGAACCAUGAAUCAUCCAGAUGAGAGCACCUGUGGAGAUAAAGCUGACAUUAUCUCUACGGUAGAAUUCAACCACACGGGAGAAUUACUAGCGACAGGGGACAAGGGGGGUCGGGUUGUAAUAUUUCAACGAGAGCAGGAGAGUAAAAAUCAGGUUCAUCGUAGGGGUGAAUACAAUGUUUACAGCACAUUCCAGAGCCAUGAACCCGAGUUCGAUUACCUGAAGAGUUUAGAAAUAGAAGAAAAAAUCAACAAAAUAAGAUGGCUCCCUCAGCAGAAUGCAGCUUACUUUCUUCUGUCUACUAAUGAUAAAACUGUGAAGCUGUGGAAGGUCAGCGAGCGCGACAAGAGGCCCGAAGGCUACAAUCUGAAGGAUGAGGAGGGCCGGCUCAGGGACCCUGCCACCAUCACAACCCUUCGGGUGCCUGUCCUGAGACCCAUGGACCUGAUGGUGGAGGCCACCCCACGAAGAGUCUUUGCCAACGCACACACAUACCACAUCAACUCCAUAUCAGUCAACAGCGACUACGAGACCUACAUGUCUGCUGAUGACCUGAGGAUUAACCUAUGGAACUUUGAGAUAACCAAUCAGAGUUUUAACAUCGUGGACAUUAAGCCAGCCAACAUGGAGGAGCUCACAGAAGUGAUCACCGCAGCCGAGUUCCACCCCCAUCACUGCAACACCUUCGUGUACAGCAGCAGCAAAGGAACAAUCCGGCUGUGUGACAUGCGGGCUUCGGCCCUGUGUGACAGGCACACCAAGUUUUUUGAAGAGCCUGAAGAUCCAAGCAACAGAUCGUUUUUCUCUGAGAUUAUCUCUUCGAUAUCGGAUGUGAAAUUCAGCCACAGUGGGAGGUAUAUCAUGACCAGGGACUAUCUGACUGUUAAAGUCUGGGAUCUCAACAUGGAAAACCGCCCCAUCGAGACUUACCAGGUCCAUGACUACCUCCGCAGCAAGUUGUGCUCCCUCUACGAAAAUGACUGCAUUUUUGAUAAAUUUGAGUGUGUGUGGAAUGGGUCAGACAGCGUCAUCAUGACAGGCUCCUACAACAACUUCUUCAGGAUGUUUGACCGCAACACCAAGCGUGACGUGACCCUUGAGGCCUCGAGGGAAAACAGCAAACCGCGGGCUAUCCUCAAACCCCGGAAAGUGUGUGUGGGGGGCAAGCGGAGAAAAGACGAGAUCAGUGUCGACAGUCUGGACUUUAGCAAAAAGAUCUUGCAUACAGCUUGGCAUCCUUCAGAAAAUAUUAUAGCAGUGGCGGCUACAAAUAACCUAUAUAUAUUCCAGGACAAGGUUAACUAGGUGGACAAGUUAUUACUUCAUAAUCUUACAUACUGAAUACUAGUCAAACAAGUUUUUAAAUGUUUCUUUGGGUCUUCAUUUGAUGCAUUGACUUUAAUUUCCCUAUGCAGAAAACAAUUGGAAUAGAAUUGAAAACAGUCCAACUUUCCCAGCUCCCCAGUUCUAAGAAGCUUUUGUCAAACCCAAUAAGCUUGGGACACUUCUGUUUAGAAUUGAAAGCUGCCAACUAACAGUAACUCUUCCAUAGUUGACUUGAACUUCUGAUGCUUUCAUUGCCCAGUUUUCUCUGGUGGGUCCAGUGUUUUGUUCCUAGGUGUCUGCUGCGAUAAAAUGAGGUUGUCUGUAGUAUUUAAGGAGAAAAGAGAUACUUUUUUUUUAAUUAAGCAAUUCCAUUUGAUUGAAAAAAUCAACAAAAAAUAAACACCGUUUACUCUUA